CCGCGCGCGACGCGCACAGGAACCCAGCGCAAGAGCAGAACCCUGAAUACAGCGGCGCUGCUGACCAGGAAGGAAAUUCCAGGUGGGAAUUCCAGCCUAGGAGAGGAAAUUGACAGUUGGUGGGGGAGAUGGGCAAUUGUUGCAGAAAUCUGGGAGGAUUGCAUUGGAGAAAUCAUAGCAUUUACCCCAUUCCUUCUUUUAAAUGCAUAGGAAGCACGCUUGGGACUGCCAACUUUACUCUCUUGCAGGGCUCCUGUGCCUUUCCUACGAGAGUGGGGAGCCAUUAGUGUUCUCACUUCGUCUCUCCACUGUCCAUUCAGCACGGAUUAAGCCUGCGGCCAAAUGGAUGCCUUGUCUGUGGAUUUGAGGCAGUGUGGCGUACUGGGUAGAGUGGGAGGGACCAGGGUUUACCAGCCAAGCAAAGCAGGGUGCAAAGCGGGAUUGGCGAGGGGUGUGGCUUGCAGAAGGUCCCGCAGGGCCAGGCAGAGAAGUCUGGAGGGCCGCACAGCCCAGAGGCCCCCUACUCUUGCUCCCGAGUGCUGACACAUAUCCUCUUCUCUAGGCUCGCUCAGCUGCGCCGCCAUGACGAAACUCCUGCAGUGGCUCUGGACUCUGUCUAUCCUGGGCGCCGUCUGGGCGGCUCUCACUCUCAACCUUUUGGGGCUCGACCCGCUGCCCCCAGCCUGGCACCAAGUGCUGUGGCCCCUGCCCACCUACCUGCUGGUGGCCUUUGGCUGCUACUCGCUGGGCGUCGUCGGGUACCGCUUGGCCACCUUCAACGACUGCGAGGAGGCGGCGAGAGAGUUGCAGGAGCAGAUCCGAGAGGCCCGGGAAGACCUCUCCCGCCGCGGACUGCGGUUCUGACCCUCCCUGCCGCAAGGACUUGAGCACAGCACCCCGGUGCAAAGAAACACCCCAUCUGGAGCAAUAAAUAAAAUUUCAGAGAACAUGACUGAGC